CCUACUUGACUCUAGAACCAAAAGCGAAAAUGGCAUCGUGCAUGUUUGUGUUGUUCAUGUUUUUGUCUUGGGCUGAAGCGCAUCCGACAUUGAGUCUUAUUGGAUGCGACUGUUCCAGUACAGAGUCUUACUCAACUCCUGAUUGGUUGGAAACUGAUGUUGUCGCAGGUUUUAGAAUAUGGCAGCUGCUGUUUCUCAGUAUUGGAGGAUUUAUUGUUCUUGUCGUAUUUUUGUGCUGUGUGAUCAAGAUCCGAAUACCUCGCACUAAACAGGAAAUUGAGGUCGAAUACCAACGCAAACUGUUAACACAUAGUUUCCGUGCACACCUAGACAUGCUAUCCAUGGGUGAAGUGAAUUUUGUUACAG